GGUUCACCCUCCAAUGGCCGCCGCGGCCGGCGUGCUGCGACCGGCGCACCGCGCUGAUCCGAUGGCAGGAGCCAGGUGCUUUUCCUGGUCUCCCAUGGGAUGCAGGGCCCAAGGACUUGGGCCAUCCUUCACUGUACUCCCUGGCCACAGCAGAGAGCUGGCCUGGAAGGGGGGCAACCGGGACAGAAUCCGGCGCCCCGACUGGGACUAGAACCCGGUGUGCCAGCGCCGCAAGGCGGAGGAUUAGCCUAGUGAGCCGCGGCACUGGCCAGAAAAUUUGCAUUAUCUUUUAUUUCUGUUUUCCCAUGAAUUUUUUGAAGCUCCAUAUAUUCUGCUCCUGGGUAAGAGUAUCUGGUUGUUUCUGGGUUGUGCUGAUGCAACAAGACUAUUUUGAAGUUGUUUUUCCCUUUAACAUGACCUGGUUUGUUGAGAGAUGCUUGGUCCUUUUGGGAGCAGGCGAGGGUGGGAGCUAAUUGUGGGGUAUCUUUGUUGAGUGAUGAGACACUGUUGUCUGUGACUGUAGUGGAGUGGUGUGUCCCUGUAAUUAUUUUAAUCACAGAGAAUGUAGGAAAUAGGAAAACAGUAUGCCAGUAUGCAAAGUGGAAGAAGCAGAGUUUAGGCUUGAUGUGGACCUUUGAUGGCCAGUAAACCAGCUUGGGCAAGGCACUUUUCAGAUCUCCAUUUUCUCAUAAAUAAUAUGGAAUUUUAGCAUCACCUGCCUGUCUUAUUUUGAGAAUUUUUUAGCAUAAGAAAUUUAAUGAUGUGAAAUGUCCAGAAGGCCUUCUUCAUGCUAGGUAUUUCAUAAAUAUUUUGUAAGGGAACUCUAUAGGCAAUAACAAAUAUAGUUGUAGUCUGUUUUAUGCAGUUAAUAUUCCAAAAUAUUGUAUCAUUUUUGUAAACUAGCUAUUAUUAAACAUAACAGAAAGGAAAUAUCUUUUGAAAAAAAGUAUAGUAAUGGCUCCUAUCCUAUUUGUAAGACAGCAUUAGGAAUUACUUUUUAAAAUGUAUAUUUGGGGCCGGUGCUGUGGCGCAGCAGGUAAAGCCAUCACCUACAGUGCCGGCAUCCCAUAUGGGUGCUAGUUCAGUCCAGGCUACUCCACUUCCAAUCCAGCUCUUUGCUAUGGCCUAGGAAAGCAAUAGAAGAUGGCCCAAGUCCUUGGGCCCCUACACCCGUGUGGGAUACCCAGAAGAAGCUCCUGGCUUCUGGCUUCAGAUCGGCCCAGUGCUGGCCAUUUGAGGAGUGAACCAGUGGAUGGAAGACCUCUCUCUCUCUCUUGCUCUGCCUCUGCCUCUCUGUAACUCUGCCUUUCAAAUAAAUAAAUAAAUCUCUAAAAAUAAAAUUAAAUGUGUAUCUGUAGAAAUUUGUAUUAGAAAAUACUAUUUUAGUAUUUCUUCAAAUUUGAGAUGAACAGUAUAUGAUACUGUCAUUUGAAGUCCUAUAAUAUAAAAUUAAACACUUAGACCUAAACUGUAUUUUACCUAGUCACUUUUUGGGCUGCUUUUCUUAUGGCAUUUUAUUAAAUAUCCUGUCAAUAAAAAAAAAAAGAAAAAUCUGCAUUAGCUCUUUUCCCUUUAGUAGCAUUUUUCCUCUGUAUAAUUUUAUUUGCAAAAAUACACAUGUGUUACUUUUUUUCUCUUAUAGGCAGCCAAAUGUAGUGAAUGAAACACCCAUAGCCAGGAAGUUUAUGUGAACUUGGCUGCACUGUUAACUCCCUGGUCUCCUUCAGUCCUGUUAAUCCGUUUGUGCAACAGGGCUGUUGCUGCUCAUUGACCUUUACUCAUGGUGAUUUUUGCAAGUGCACAGUUAGUGUGAGUGUUGUGAAUGCUUGGGUGAUGCUACGCCUCGGACACACACUGAGGUGAAAGGUUUUGUUUUUUUUUAAGACUUAUUUAUUUGAAAGAGUUACAUAGAGAGGCAGAGACAGAGAGAUCUUCCACCCACUGGUUCACUCCCCAGAUGGCCACAAAUGAGCCGAUCUGAGCCAGUGUGAAGCCAGGAGCUUCUUUUUGGGUCUCUCACAUGGGUACAGGGUCCCAAGGACGUGGGCCAUCUUUUACUGCUUUCCCAGGCACAUUAGCAGGGAGCUGGAUCAGAAGUGGAGCAGCAAGGACACAAACCAGUGCUGCAGGCUGGGGCUUUAACCUGCUGCCCCACUGCACCCGCCCCUGAGGUAGAAGUUUAUUCAAGGUCACUAUAAGAGCACCCCACCAUACCUGCCAGUGAGCUGUGUGUUUAAUUUUCACUGAAUUACUGUUCAGGAAAUAAUUCACAUUAUCCUCAAAACCUAGCAUACUGUGUGUCAGAUACCCUGCUGGAUGCUUUACACAUAGCGUCUCUAACCCUCAUAACUGUGCAUGAGAGAGUGGAUUCAUCGUUUCAGGAAGCGUGAGAAAACGGCCUCCACCCACACCGCUCCUGCCAGGCUUUGCAGCUAGAACUCUGCCCAUUAUCUGCCCUCUGUUUACAGAAACCCCAGUGGAUCUAAUGGAAAUCAGAAUGUAUUCUGAUGGAAAGUUAGUGAUUCCCUUUUACUUAACUUUUACAGAAUGCUGUGUUCUGAAGGAGUGGCAUUUUGAAAGUUUUUGCUGUAGAAAGGCACUUAGAAGGGUGGGUGUUUGGUGUAGUAAUUGACACUGCUUGGGAUGCCUGCAUCCUAGUGGAUUGCCUGGGUUUAAAUCCCAGCUUCUAUCCCAGCUUCCUGCUAAUGCAUGCCCUGAGAAGCAGCAGAUGGUUCAAGUUGUUGGGUCCCUGUCACCCAUGGGGGAGCCACAGAUUAAGUUCCCAGCUUUGGGAACAGCCCUGGCUGUUGUGAGCAUUUGGAGACUCAACCAGCAGUUGGGAGAUCUCUGUCUCUAUCUCUGCCUUCCAAGUAAAAUAAAUAAAUUUUUUUAAAGGAAAGGUAUUUAGAUUUUUUUCUUUAAUUUUUGUGUAUAUUGAGAGGAAAAUUCAGAUACUCAAGUUAAAGCAUGAGGUAAAUUAGUAACUUUUUUUUUAAUUUAAAGAUUUAUUUACUUAUUUGGAAGAGUUAGAGAGAGAGGGAGAAACACGCACAGAGAGAUAACUUCCAUCAGCUGGUUGACUCCCCAAUGGCCCUGGUGUCCCAGACCGGGUCAGGCCAAAGCCAAGAGCUAAGAGCUUCUUCCAGGUCUCCCGCAUGUGUUGCAGGGGCCCAAACACUUGGGCCAUUUUCCAGGGCUUCUCCCAGGCCGUUAGCAGGGAGCUGGAUAGGAAGUGGAGCAGCCAGAGUACAAACUGCCACCCACGUGGGAUGCCAGUACUGCUGCAGGCUGUGGCUUUACCUGCUGUGCCAUAAUGUUGGCCCUGGGAAAAUUAGUACUUUUUAUUUUUUAUUUUUUUAUUUUUAUUUUUUAUUUAUUUUUUUGACAGGCAGAGUUAGAGACAGACAGAAAGGUCUUCCUUGCUUCCAUUGGUUCACCCCAUUGCAGCCAGUGCGCUGCACUGAUCCGAAGCCAGGAGCCAGGUGCUUCCUCCUGGUCUCCUGUGCUGGUGCAGGGCCCAAGGACCUGGCCCAUCCUCCACUGCCUUCCCGGGCCACAGCAGAGAGUUGGACUGGAAGGGGAGCAACUGGGACUAGAACCCAGGGUGCCGGCGCUGGAGGCGGAGGAUUAGCCUAGUGAGCCGCAGUGCCAGCCGAAAAUUAACUAGAUUUUUGGGAGAUUCCUUUGAUUUCCUUUUUAAAAACUUAAUUUUAAUUUUAAUUGACAAAUAAUUGUAUCUAUUUAUGGAGUACAGUGUGGUAUAUUGAUAUGUGUAUAUAUUGUAAAAUGAUCAAAUCAGGCUAAUUAACAUAUCUAUCACUAAAAUAUUUAUCAUUUCUUCCUGGUGAGAACACCAGGAAAAUCUUCUUUUAGCUGUCUUGAAGUGAACAACACAUUCCUGUUAACUGUAGUCAUCAUGCUGUGCAGUAGAGCACAGGCCCUUAUUCCUCCUGACCCUGUACCCUUGACCAAGACCUCCCCUUUGCCCGUCCAUCCUCCUCCAGCCUCUGGUAACUGCCACUUUACUCUCUACCUCUAUGAACUUGACUUUGUUAAACGUUAACAAACAGUAAGUUUGAGAUGCAGAGGGGCAGACUGAGAGAAAGAGCUACCAUCUGCAAGUUCACUCCUUAGAUGCCCGUUCCCGCUGGGACUAAGUUGGGUUCUAAGGCCUAAGCCAGGAGCUCAACUCAGGCCUCGCAUAUUGGGAGGGCAGGGACAUAACCUGCUUGAGCUAUCACUGCUGCUCCUCAAGGUCCACAUUAGCAGGGUGCUGGGAUUAGGAUCUGGAGCUGGGAUUAGGAUCUGGAGCUGGAGAUUGACCCAGGGAUUCUGAUGGGGGAUGUGCGCAUUCAAACCAACAUCUCAACUACUAAGCCAAAUGCCUGCCUCAAGUUUAACUUCUUUUAGAUUCCAUGCAAGAGUGAGGUCAGACAGUACUUGUCUCUCUGUACCUGGCUUACAAGGGUGCUUCAAAAUGUUUGUGGAAAAAAUGGAAUUAAACGGUUAUUUUGGGGGCAGGCAUUGUGGUAUAGUGGGUAAAACUGCUGCCUGCGGUGCCAGCAUCCUAUAUUGGCGCCAGUUCCAGUUCCUCCAUUUCCCUUCCAGCUCCCUGCUAACGCACCUGGGAAAGCAGUGGAAGACGGCCCAGUGCUUGGGCCCCUGCACCCACUUGGCAGACCUGGAAGAAGGUCCUGGCUCCUGGCUUUGGUCUUGGCCAGCCCUGGCCAUUCAGAUCCUGAGGUGCAGCGGCAAUUCCCGGAGGACUACAGUGACCAGCCUCACAGUCAGCCAAGUUGGCCAGAACUUCACAUUCGUGCUCACUGACAUUGACAGCAAGCAGAGGUUUGGGUUCUGCCGCUUAUCUUCAGGAGCGAAGAGCUGCUUCUGCAUCUUAAGCUACCUCCCCUGGUUCGAGGUGUUUUAUAAGCUACUUAACAUCUUGGCAGAUUAUACGACCAAAAAACAGGAAAGUCAGUGGAAUGAGCUCCUCGAAACCCUGCACAAACUUCCCAUCCCCGACCCAGGAGUGUCUGUUCAUCUCAAUGUGCAUUCUUAUUUUACUGUGCCUGAUACCAGAGAACUUCCCAGCAUACCUGAGAAUAGAAAUCUGACAGAAUAUUUUGUGGCUGUGGAUGUUAACAACAUGUUGCACCUGUACGCCAGCAUGCUCUACGAACGCCGGAUACUCAUCAUUUGCAGCAAACUCAGCACUCUGACUGCCUGCAUCCACGGCUCGGCCGCCAUGCUCUACCCCAUGUACUGGCAGCACGUGUACAUCCCCGUGCUGCCGCCUCAUCUGCUCGACUACUGCUGCGCUCCCAUGCCCUACCUCAUAGGAAUCCAUUUAAGUUUAAUGGAGAAAGUCAGAAACAUGGCCCUGGACGACGUCGUGAUCCUGAAUGUGGACACCAACACCUUGGAAACCCCCUUCGACGACCUCCAGAGCCUCCCAAACGAUGUGAUUUCUGCACUGAAGAACAGGCUGAAGAAGGUCUCCACUACCACGGGCGACGGCGUGGCCAGAGCGUUCCUCAAGGCCCAGGCUGCGUUCUUCGGAAGCUACCGGAAUGCUCUGAAAAUCGAGCCCGAGGAGCCCAUCACCUUCUGCGAGGAAGCCUUUGUCUCCCACUAUCGCUCCGGAGCCAUGAGACAGUUCCUGCAGAACGCCACGCAGCUGCAGCUCUUCAAACAGUUCAUUGAUGGCCGUCUGGACCUCCUGAAUUCGGGCGAAGGUUUCAGCGACGUUUUUGAAGAGGAGAUCAACAUGAGCGAGUACGCAGGCAGUGACAAAGUGUACCAUCAGUGGCUCUCCACUGUCCGGAAAGGAAGCGGGGCCAUCCUGAACACCGUGAAAACCAAGGCCAACCCAGCCAUGAAGACCGUCUACAAGUUCGCAAAAGAUCAUGCAAAAAUGGGAAUAAAAGAGGUGAAAAACCGCUUGAAGCAAAAGGACAUCACAGAGAAUGGCUGUGCACCCUCCACGGAGGAGCAGCUGCCAAAGACUGCGCCGUCCCCUCUGGUGGAGGCCAAGGACCCCAGGCUCCGAGAAGACCGCAGGCCGAUCACCGUCCACUUCGGACAGCCACAAAGACUCCGUCCCACCCGACCGCCGCCUCCCAAGAUCCAGCGCUGGAGGCCCGUGCGCCCGCCCCGUCCACACGUGGUCAAGAGACCGAAGAGCAACAUCCCAGCGGAAGGCCGGAGGACGUCGGUGUCCAGCCCUGAGCAGCAGAGUUGCAGAGAGCGACAAGGACAGAGAGAGAGCUUCCAUCCACUGGGUCAUUCCUCAAGUGGCCACAACAGCCGGGGACUGGACCAGGCCGAAGACAGGAGCCUGCAACUCCAUCCGGGUCCAAGCACUUGGGCCAUCAUUGAACACUUCCCCAGGAUGGGAAAUGGAGCAGCUGGGACUCGAACUGGCACUUGUGGGGACGCCGGUGACGCAGGCAGCUGCUUAGCCUGCCGUGCCACAGCGCCGGCACCAGUUCUCGUGGGACUCAGAGUCCACAUUACCCUUUCCUCAGACAACUCUGAAGGGAAGGAGAUGGCUUCGGCUGGCCGGAGAGAGCAGAGGUGGCCCCACUCCGACACCUGCGGCUCCACCCGCCCUCCCACUUCACCCUCACCUCGCCGGGGGUCCUCGGGCAGAGGCCAGGGACGCAGGCUCCCCAGGAUCUGAACCGAGGCCUGUCUGGCCCAGCCCCCUUUCCCUGGGCCCGGCCAGUGGAUAAUUCAUGGGAGCGCGAUGUGGAGCGUCCCGGGGCUGGGUGUUGUGUUUGUGUUUAUAGAGGAAGCACUCACAGGUGGCUGACAAGGGAGAUGUAUUUUUUAUAACAAUGAAUAUUUAAUUUCCACAUCACAGAUGAGAAAGACUCUCUGAAGAGGUUCCAAGGGGGACCCGAGAGCUGGCCCGCCUUGGGGAGGGGCCUCCUCGCAGGCGCCCCCCCACCGGCUCACUCGGGCAUGCUUUUUGUUUUUGUAGCAACUUGCCUUCUUCCUGAUCACUCAAGUCCAUGAGCUCCCGGCAGAGCACAAGGAAGCAGAAGGAGAAAUCACCCACGUCCUCCCGGCCCCCAGCCGUGGCCCCAGCGCUCGGGCGCCUGCCACCUGCGCCGGAGGGGGCGUCCCUGCCGCCUGGGCUCGGACCUUGCCGUCUCUUUUCUAGCACUUUCCCACAAGUGAACAAGAGAGCCUGUGGCACUCUGCCUCUCCGUGUCCGCGGGGGCUGCUCCCCCAGGACCCCUCCCAGCCGCCCAGGGUACAGACACUCAGGAGGGCGUGGGAUUUGCUAUCACCACGCCCAGCCCGCGUGGACUCUCCGCCGUUUCGGUGACUUGCAGCACCUGAUACAGAGUGGACGCUGUGUGCACAGUCGCUCGGCCCCGUCGGGUGGGAAACAGUAGGGGGAAGGCAUCUGCUCAUGCUUCUCGAUUUCUUUCAUUAAAGAUGUAUUUAUUUAUUUGAAAGGCAGAGUUGGGGUGGGGAGAGAGAGAGAGAGCUCUUCCAUCCAGUGGUUCACUCCCCAAAUGGCCGCAGUGGCCAGGAGCCCAGAACUCCAUCAGGGUCUCCCAUAUGGAUAGCAGCGUCCCAGCAUUGGGGCCAUCCGCUGCUUUCCCAGGCACCUUAGCAGGGAGCUGCAUCAGAGGCAACGCAGGGCGGACUCGAGGCGGCACUCGUGGGCUGUCAGCCUCGCAGGCGGUGGCUCAGCCCGCUGCGCCACAGCGCCCGGCCCUUGUUCACGUUUCUUACGUACGUGACAUUUUUGCCAAAUAUUUUCCAUACAGAACCUGUGGGCCCAGGGCGACCUAUACAACUGCCCCUUUGCCUCCUGACUCCUGACUGUGCGCCGGCUUCUGAUGGCUGACAACCUGGGUGGCCUCACGUGCUAACUGCGCGAACAGGGCAGUGAGGAACACGCGUGGGGAUCAUCCAGGCGGCAGCACGCUCCCGGGGCUCUGGCCACACACUGCCUGCAUCCCGCCUCUCCCGGUCCCCAGCCUCCCCGCCCCGCCGCGCCCCUAACUGCCUGUUCUCUCUUCUCUUCUCUUC